AUGCGCAUGCCUCGCGCCUCCCUCGACAUCAUCAGAGAACACGGUAUUGGCCUAAAAGGACCCCUGGCAACUCCCAUCGGGAAGGGCCAUCAAUCCCUAAAUCUGGCCCUACGAAAGGAAUUCAACCUUUAUGCUAACGUAAGGCCCUGCAAGUCGCUGGUUGGUUACGAGACACCCUACAAGAAUGUGGAUCUUGUAACAAUUCGUGAGAAUACAGAGGGCGAAUAUUCAGGCAUCGAGCAUGUUAUUGUCGACGGUGUGGUUCAGAGCAUAAAACUAAUUACCAGAGAGGCCAGUCAUCGGGUUGCCGCGUACGCCUUCAAAUACGCAGAGGAGAACGGUCGCUCAACCGUGACAGCCGUGCACAAAGCAAACAUCAUGCGCAUGUCGGACGGUCUUUUUCUGCGUGAGUGUCGAGCUGAGGCUGAAAAACAUCGUCAUAUCAAGUUUCGGGAGAUGUUUUUGGACACAGUUUGCUUGAAUAUGGUCCAGGAUCCACUGCAGUUCGAUGUUCUCGUGAUGCCGAAUCUGUACGGAGACAUCUUGAGUGAUCUGGCUUCCGGUCUCGUCGGUGGACUGGGUGUUACCCCUAGUGGUAACAUCGGUGAACACGGAGCCCUAUUUGAGUCGGUACACGGUACGGCGCCGGACAUCGCUGGUGAGGACAAGGCCAAUCCCACUGCCCUUCUGUUCUCCUCCAUCAUGAUGCUGCGUUACAUGGGACUGAAUGAGUACGCAGAUAAAAUCGAAAACGCCACCUUCGCCGUAAUCAAAGAGAAGAAG